GGAGGAGGAAUUAGACAGCGCCCUCUGUUGUUGACAGUAUCAUUCAAGAUGGCAGCGCCCUUGCUGAGACUUCUUUCUCAAGAGACAAGAUCCACUCUUUGCCAGGCGUGUCAACGAACGCUGUGGUGUCUUGAUACAUCAUCAGUAAGAUGGAAUUCCAACAGGGCUGUGAUAGCUAAGACAAAUCGGAAGGUGUACCUAAGGCAAUAUCCUACAGUAGUUGUUAACCCUGAUGGAUCCACUUUCAGGAUUAAGUAUGACGAGCCCAGGAAGAUCAUUAAGCUACCCGUUGAUGUGAACAGCUUGACCCCUGACGAGCGAAAACUUCGCCUCCAGCGUUACCAGGUGCGGAAGAAGCGAGACAUCAAAGAUGACAUUAAGGAUGACGCGGACGUAUCGGAUAAAUACAGACAUCUUUGGAAGAGGAAGUGAACUGCCUGACUGAACUAGAAUUAAACAAACUAGAACCUAAGCUACAAGAACCAAACCAUCUAGAACCAUUCUUUGCAUUGAAUCACUCAGACUCAUGGGAGACCUAGACAGAUCCAUUAGGCUCCGGCCACGACGCAUGUGUGAACAAGAAUACGCUGGGCUCUCCAAUGCCUUUCUGCACAACUCUGCCGCUCGCGCCAAGAUACGCGCACGCAUGUCGGACCUUAUCUGUUGGACCUUUGUUGCGUUGUGAUUGGUCAAUACGCAAUGGGGCGGAGCUCAGUGGAUCGGUCUAUAGGUUGCGGCCGACUGACUAGGAAACCUAAUUGUUUUAAAAAAAUGUACACAUGCUCAGAAUGAUAUUAAUUUAACCAGUUAAGGCUGGGUUAUCUUCCAUUUCUUCCCUUGGCAGGAUUUUUUACCCGGAGUAGCCAGAAUUGUUUUUCUUUUACUGGUGGCAUGAAGAAACUCCGACUUCACAUAGAGGACAGAA